UAAUUGAUCUUUAUCUCAUCAUACCAUCUCAUCCAUAAACUUACCGAGUUUAAUCUUGAAGCAAGAUAGGUCUUUUGUACCCACUGCUUCCCUUGGAAGGCUGUUCACUCCUCUGAUGGUUAGAAACCUUCCCCUAAUUUCAAGUCUAAACUUCCUGGUGGCCAGUUUAUAUCCAUUUGUUCUUGUGUCCACAUUGGUACUGAGCUUAAAUAAUUCCUCUCCCUCUCUGAUAUAUUUAUAGAGAGCAAUCAUAUCUCCCCUCAGCCUUCUUUUGGUUAGGCUAAACAAGCCAAGCUCCUUGAGUCUCCUUUCAUAAGACAGGUUUUCCAUUCGUCAGAUCUUCCUAGUAGCUCUUCUCUGUACCUGUUCCAGUUUGAACUCAUCCUUCUGAAACAUGGGAGACCAGAACUGCAUACCGUGUUCCAGGUGCGGUCUUACCAGGGCCUUGUAUAACGGUACUAACACCUCCUUAUCUCUACUGGAAAUACCUCGCCUGAUGCAUCCCAAGGCUGCAUUAGCUUUUUUCCCGGCCAUAUCACAUUGGCAGCUCAUAGUCAUCCUGUGGUCAACCAAUACUCCAAGGUCCUUCUCCUCCUCUGUUACUUCUAAUUGAUGCGUCCCCAGCUUAUAACUAAAAUUCUUGUUAUUAAUCCCCAAAUGCAUGACCUUACACUUCUCCCUAUUAAAUUUCAUUCUAUUACUAUUACUCCAGUUUACAAGCUCAUCCAGAUCUUCCUGUAGGAUAUCCCGGUCCUCUGAAUUGGCAAUACCUCCCGGCUUUGUGUCAUCCACAAACUUUAUUAGCACACUCCCACUUUUUGUGCCGAGGUCAGUAAUAAAAAGAUUAAAUAAGAUUGGUCCCAAAACCGAUCCCUGAGGAACUCCACUGGUAACCUCCCUCCAGCCUGACGGUUCACCUUUCAGUAUCACCCGCUGUAGCCUCGACACACUCCCUGGCAGUUAGUGGCUGCUGGGGCAGUUUUCACAGGAAACAGCCAAGGGCUGGGGCACCCUCCCUGCCAUGGGAGGGCCAGGCCCUGAGCCCCCCAGCAGCUGGCUAGGCCCCAGGCUGAGGGCAGCAAAGCCUACGCUAACAAGUGGUGCAGGCUGGGGGUAAGCACCAGAUACCCCCGCUCUGGCCUUGCCAGCACGGCCUGGCCCGGAGGCCAGCAGCCAGGGGAUUCGUGCAUGCAGGGCCUUGAGGCCAGCCACUAGUGACAGAGGACCGCUGGGCAGAGGACAGGGGUGCGGGAGGUUUACGAUGGAGCAGCACAACCAGGGCCCCAGGCCAGCACUCAGGACACCUGGGUUCUAUUCUCAGGGCUGCAGGCUGAGUCCCCUCCCCCGCCUGGCCCUUUCUCCCAUCCUGUCCACCAGUCGAUUCAGACUCAGCUCAAUGGGGCUGGACCUGGCCGUGCAGCACCUGGGGGCCCUGCUCCAGCAGUGAGGGCCCCUAACCCACCCCCUCUCCCCCACCGCAGGGAGGUGGGUAGAACCAGCCCCACUGAGAUGCUGCGGGGGAAGAGCUCCGGCCGCCCUCCCCCCAGCGUGGUGUUCGUGAAGACCCACAAGACGGGCAGCAGCACCCUGCAGAACAUCCUCUUCCGCCUGGGCGAGCAGCGUAACCUCACUGUGGCCUUCCCCCGCUACACCUACCAGUUCGCCUACCCCCAGCGCUUUGCUGCCGCCUUCGUGGAGCCGCUGCCGCCGGGCGCCGCCCGUUACAACCUGCUGCUUAGCCACCUGCGGCUGGCAGCCAGCGAGCUGCGCCGGGUCAUGCCCCCGGACAGCCUCUACCUCACCAUCCUGCGCGACCCCGUCCGCACCUUCCAGUCCGUCUUCGCCUACUACCGCAGCACCGUACCCGCCUUCCGGCCCCUCGCCAACCACACCCAGCCCCUGGCUGCCUUCCUGCAGGCCCCGGCGCGGUACUACGACCUGGCAGACGUGGGCAACGGGCUGGCCAGGAACCCCAUGGCCUUUGACCUGGGGCUGGAGGCCGGCGGCGACGAAGGGGGCAGCCGGUGGGACCGGGAGCUGGAGCAGCUGAACCGGACCUUCCACCUGGUGCUCAUCGCCGAGCACUUCGACGAGUCCCUGCUGUUGGCGCGGGAGCUGCUGGGGCUGCGGCUGGAGGAGCUGGCCUAUGUGCGGCUCAACGCCCGCCAGGGGGCCGUGGACGAGGCGUUGGCCCCGGGGCUGGCGCGGCAGAUCCGGGCAUGGAACUGGCUGGACGAACGGCUCUACCGGUAUUUCCAGGCCGUGCUGUGGCGCCGGGUGGAACGUUACGGCUAUAUGCGCAUGAAGGGCGAGCUGGACGCCCUGCGCUUGCUGCUGCGGGAGACCCGGGAGACCUGCCUGGCCGGGGAGGCUGUGGGGCCCGAGGAGACAGCAGACGAGCUGCGGCCCUGGCAGCCUGACACCGCUGCCAUCUUGGGCUACAACCUGCGGCCCAGCCUCCCACCGGCUCAGCACGCCAGCUGCUAUCGCCUGGUGCUGCCGGAGCUGCAGUAUCACGCCCACCUUUACUACCGACAGUACGGCAGGGAGAUGUGCUCCCUGCCAUGUGACUAGUGGGGGACAGGCCAGGGGGCUUUGAUAACCCACCAGUGAGCCCCAGCUGGGCCUCAGGGCCCAGAGCAGCAGCCCAGCCCCCUGGCACUACAGCCCCUCUCUGAGCCACAGCCCGCGAGCAGAGCAGGAGGCAGGACAGCUGGGUUUUCUUCGCUGCUUUGUCACUGCCCACUUCCCGCUCCGGGCCUGCGACUCCUCACCCUUCGCCUAGCUAGAUGGUGAGCCCUUCAGGGCAGCGCUCAGGACCGCAAGCUCAGUGUGUGUAGCGCCCAGCCCAACCCCUCUCCCCUGCCCCACUGGGGGCUGAGCAGCCGGGAGCCCUGUUCUUAGCCGGAUCCAUAGGGCACUGCUGUAGCACACCCUGGAGAAGCUGGAAGUGGCCCUGCCACACCCUAUGUCACACGCACUCCCCAACUUUCUCCUUCCAGCAGGACUUUACCCGAGAGGUCCAAGGAGCGCCUGACGGGGUGGGGGGGUGGGGGGGGGGAAGCAUCCCCGCACACUGUGUCCUGAGCUGGGGGCACCCACAAUAAAUAAACCAGGUCCAUUCAAAACCAGCAGCUGUGGCUCAUGUUCUGACACCGAUGCAGGAAGAGCCUGCUCCGUUGGGCUGCCCUGGGCUAGGGGGGAAUGGGUCAGCUGCCCCAGAAGGGUGCUCAUGGGGGUAGGGAGAGUUCCCUUUCUUAGAGGGUUUCCAGAGCCACCCCUCACUACACACGUUGCACAUAGCUGGUUCGAUUCUCGUCCUAAAGCCCUCUCAGCCUGCCGACACCCCAUAAGCCAUGGGGCCCCUGGCUCCAGCUUUCCUCUGUGCCAGGGCUGGAUUAGAGCAGUGGAGGGGCUGCCUGGUGCCCCCACAGUAGCCCUGUGGCUCUACUCCCGGGACAGCCAUGGGGGAAGGGCCUAGCCCUUCACAUUUGCUAGUAACCACUUCCCGGCUCGGAGGCCUAGUCUCAUUCCCUGUGGUGCGAGGGGUGAUGCACAAGGGCAGUGGUCUUGUGGACAGCAGUGCUAGGGUCCCCUAGGGGAUGCAGGUGUCCCCCCACCUCACAGGAUCAGUGCCUGCGGAUGGCAGCUCCCUCUGGGGACAGGCUGCAGCUGGGCCAUCUGACCUCUGCACUCCGGUUCAGAGGGACAGCGGGGUCAGGCCCUGGCAGCCCAGGAGCCGGCAGAGGGCAGAGCCAGACUCCAGCAGGAAACCACAAAGGACCUGCACAGCCGUCGAUCAGCUUCAGGGAGCGCUACAUCCCAGCAAAGUAACAGG